UGGCCCCUCCGCCCACCGUCUCGCACCCAUUGGCCAGCUCCCCGCCAAUCAGCGGAAGCCGCCGGGGCCGCCUAGAGAAGAGGCUGUGCUCUGGGGCUCCGGCUCCUCAGAGAGCCUCGGCUAGGAAAUGGAGAUGUAUUGCCAUGCAGUGGACCAGUCUUUCUCAAGCUGGUAACAUUACAGAAUUCCUGCUGAAAUGCAAGCUGGACUGAUGGAAACCAGAUUCCCAUAUCUGUUCAUAAUCUGUUUGUCAAGAACUUUUGGUUACAACAACAAAAGCCAGCUGAAGCCGGUGGUGGUGAAAGUGGAGUUUUUUGGAAAGAUGCAAGAUGAUCUGUGGAACCCAGAGAUACGCACGCAGCUGGUGGAGCAGUUCAAAUGCUUGGAGCAGCAGUCCGAGUCGAGGCUGCAGCUGCUCCAGGACCUCCAGGAGUUUUUCCGCCGGAAAGCCGAGAUCGAACUUGAGUAUUCCCGCAGCCUGGAGAAGCUGGCUGAGCGCUUUUCCUCCAAGAUCCGCAGCUCCCGGGAGCACCAAUUCAAGAAGGACCAGUAUCUCCUCUCUCCUGUGAACUGUUGGUAUCUAGUCCUGCAUCAGACCAGGCGGGAGAGCCGAGACCAUGCCACCCUCAAUGACAUCUUCAUGAACAAUGUCAUCGUCCGCCUCUCCCAGAUCAGCGAGGAUGUCAUCAGACUCUUCAAAAAGAGCAAAGAGAUUGGCCUGCAGAUGCAUGAAGAGCUCCUGAAGGUCACCAACGAGCUCUACACAGUCAUGAAAACCUACCACAUGUACCACGCAGAGAGCAUCAGUGCGGAGAGCAAGCUGAAGGAGGCCGAGAAACAGGAGGAGAAGCAGUUCAACAAGUCAGGAGACCUCAGCAUGAACCUGCUCCGGCAUGAGGACCGGCCUCAGCGCCGCAGCUCCGUGAAAAAGAUUGAAAAGAUGAAGGAGAAGAGGCAGGCAAAGUAUUCUGAGAACAAGCUGAAGUGCACCAAGGCCCGGAAUGAUUACUUGCUGAAUCUGGCAGCCACCAACGCAGCUAUAAGCAAAUACUACAUCCAUGAUGUCUCCGACCUCAUCGAUUGCUGUGACUUGGGCUUUCAUGCCAGUCUGGCCCGCACCUUCCGGACCUACCUCUCAGCCGAGUACAACCUGGAAACCUCUCGCCAUGAGGGGCUGGAUGUCAUCGAGAAUGCGGUGGACAACCUGGAUUCCCGAAGCGACAAGCACACGGUCAUGGACAUGUGCAACCAGGUCUUCUGUCCCCCUCUCAAGUUUGAAUUCCAGCCCCACAUGGGGGAUGAGGUGUGCCAGGUCAGCGCCCAGCAGCCCGUCCAGACGGAGCUGCUCAUGCGGUACCACCAGCUGCAGUCCAGGCUGGCUACUCUCAAAAUAGAGAAUGAGGAGGUUAGAAAAACCCUGGAUGCCACCAUGCAGACCUUACAGGACAUGCUGACCGUGGAGGACUUCGAUGUCUCUGAUGCCUUCCAACACAGUCGUUCCACAGAGUCUGUGAAGUCAGCUGCCUCUGAGACCUACAUGAGCAAGAUCAACAUUGCCAAAAGGAGAGCCAACCAGCAGGAGACAGAAAUGUUUUACUUUACAAAAUUUAAAGAAUAUGUGAAUGGCAGUAACCUCAUCACUAAGCUGCAGGCCAAGCAUGACUUACUCAAGCAGACUUUGGGUGAAGGGGAGAGAGCAGAAUGUGGUACAACCAGGCCCCCCUGUCUUCCCCCUAAACCACAGAAAAUGAGGAGACCUAGGCCUCUCUCAGUGUGUAGCCAUAAACUAUUUAACGGCUGUAUGGAAGCGUUCAUUAAGGAUUCAGGACAAGCUAUACCACUUGUUGUUGAGAGCUGCAUCCGAUACAUCAAUUUAUACGGGCUCCAGCAGCAAGGGAUCUUCAGAGUGCCAGGAUCUCAGGUUGAAGUCAAUGACAUCAAAAAUUCCUUUGAGAGAGGCGAAGACCCCCUUGUAGAUGAUCAAAAUGAACGAGACAUCAAUUCAGUCGCUGGUGUUCUAAAACUGUAUUUCCGAGGACUGGAAAACCCACUCUUUCCUAAGGAAAGGUUUCAAGAUUUGAUAUCCACUAUUAAACUGGAGAACCCAGCUGAGAGGGUGCACCAGAUCCAACAGAUCCUCAUCACCCUGCCCCGCGUGGUCAUCGUGGUCAUGAGAUACCUCUUCGCUUUCCUCAAUCACCUCUCUCAGUAUAGCGACGAGAACAUGAUGGACCCGUACAACCUGGCCAUCUGCUUCGGGCCCACCCUCAUGCACAUCCCUGAUGGGCAAGACCCUGUGUCCUGCCAGGCACACGUCAAUGAAGUCAUCAAAACCAUCAUCAUCCAUCAUGAAGCCAUCUUCCCCAGCCCCCGGGAGCUAGAGGGACCUGUGUAUGAAAAAUGCAUGGCUGGAGGGGAAGAAUAUUGCGACAGUCCACACAGUGAGCCAGGGACCAUUGAUGAAGUGGACCACGACAAUGGCACCGAGCCUCACACCAGUGAUGAAGAAGUGGAGCAGAUCGAGGCCAUUGCCAAGUUUGACUAUGUGGGACGGUCCCCACGUGAGCUGUCCUUCAAGAAGGGGGCCUCGCUGCUACUGUACCACCGUGCCUCCGAGGACUGGUGGGAGGGUCGUCACAAUGGUGAUGGGCUCAUCCCACAUCAGUACAUAGUUGUACAGGACAUGGACGACGCCUUCUCAGACAGCCUGAGUCAAAAGGCCGACAGCGAGGCCAGCAGCGGACCACUGCUGGACGACAAGGCCUCCUCCAAAAACGACCUCCAGUCCCCCACGGAGCACAUCUCAGAUUACGGCUUUGGGGGGGUGAUGGGCCGAGUGCGGUUACGAUCUGACGGAGCGGCCAUCCCCAGGCGCCGAAGUGGGGGUGACACACACAGCCCGCCCCGGGGCCUGGGACCCAGCAUAGACACGCCACCCCGGGCCGCCGCCUGCCCCAGCAGCCCCCACAAAAUCCCCCUCACCCGGGGCCGGAUCGAGAGCCCCGAGAAGCGGAGGAUGGCAACGUUCGGAAGUGCUGGCAGCAUCAACUACCCUGACAAGAAGGCGCUCUCUGAAGGGCACUCCGUGCGGUCGACGUGCGGCUCCACCAGGCACAGCAGCCUGGGGGACCACAAGUCCCUGGAGGCCGAGGCCCUGGCAGAAGACAUCGAGAAGACCAUGAGCACGGCUCUGCACGAAUUACGGGAACUGGAGAGGCAGAACACGGUCAAGCAGGCCCCAGAUGUGGUGCUGGACACCCUGGAGCCCCUGAAGAACCCACCAGGCCCCAUCAGCUCGGAGCCCGCCAGCCCCCUGCACACCAUCGUCAUCCGUGACCCUGACGCUGCCAUGCGCCGCAGCAGCAGCUCCUCCACUGAGAUGAUGACCACCUUCAAGCCAGCCCUGUCUGCCCGCCUGGCCGGUGCCCAACUGCGCCCUCCCCCCAUGCGGCCUGUGCGGCCCGUGGUCCAGCAUCGGUCCAGCAGCAGCAGCAGCUCAGGCGUGGGCAGCCCGGCCGUGACGCCCACAGAAAAGAUGUUCCCCAGCAGCUCAGCUGACAAGUCAGGCACCAUGUGACCUGCCGGGAGGAGCAGCACCGCCCAGCCUGCUGUGGCCACCUGGGCCAAGGGUGGCCUCUGUGACACCCACAUCCUCCCAGUGCUCCUGGCCUCACUGGGCAGGGACCAGAAGGUCCUCCUGGGAGCAGGUCUGUGCGGGGCUGAGACCCGGGCCCGAGCUGCAGCUCACCUGCGUUGCGUGAUUCCACAGCCCCUGUGUGAACACAGUGCCAGAGCAGUGCAGGAGCGGUCCAGCCAGAGCGUCUCCUGAGACUGUGGCAGAGGUUAAAUGGCUUGGCCCGAAUAUCAUCACUGGAAAAGUAUUCUCUCGACAUUCUCUCUACAUACAUACGCACGUGUACAUAUAUGUGUGUAUACACGUGUGUAUGUAUGUGUCUGUAGGUGUGUGUAUAUAUAUAUUUAUGCACCUGUAUACAUAUACUAGAUCUGGACACACAUACUAAAUGUAUAUAGGAUCUCCUUUUUCUUUUUACGAAACUUAGAUUUACCUCAGACCCAUGCCACCAAACAUCUCCCGCUGAGUUAUUUGGUGGGAUUUGCAGGGACUUUUCUGGGAGAAUUCAAAGGCCCACAGUAACUGCGAGUGAAGCAAUAUACCACUAACCUGCAGAAAAACAAAAAACAAGACCAGUCUCCCACUGUCUCUAGAAGUCGUGGCCUUCCAGAACAGUCUGCCCCUAAAGGAAGGGUGGGGCAGGCGGUACCCCAGGUAGGCUGCUCCCAAAGGUGGGGAACCCUCCACAGAGCCCCUCCCUUUCCACCCCAGAAACCCUGCCUUUCCACCUGGAGGCCAAGGCCAUCUGCACCCCAAAGGCACGGAGGACGUUGGCGAGAAGAGCCCUGACCACGGCGUCCUUUGUUCGUUCGUAGAAGAGGGGAUGGUGAGAGCCUGAGCCCCAUCGUAGCACAGUAUUAUGUGUGGUUGGGAGAAAGGAAAGUAAAAACCAAACGCAGUGGUGUGGAACACUUCAAAACCUAGAAACGCUGUAGGAAUAAACCUGUGGUAACUAUUGAGGUUUAACUUAUACCACCUUCAAAAUAUUUAAUUUUUUUCUUUGCCUCUUCCUACUAAUUAUACUGUGUCAGAUUUGGAACUAAACAGGCAAGGAGGCUUCACGUCCCAUCGCUUUAAUUUGAAAUCAGGCCGUGAUACACUCUGGCUGGUGGCCUCUUGCAUGAAGCUCACAGGCCCAAGUGCCCAGUUCAGACCAGGGCUGGGGAGGGAGUCCCUGGCACUUGCCAUCCCCGAGAACACUCUGCUCCGGUGGAGUUUAUGCAAUGAAAUAGCUUUCUUCUCCCCCUUCCCCUCCCUUCGCCCACCUCCAGCAGAACAUUUAAUGUAACUGAAACCAGGGGGAUAGAAUUGGGGGGCAUGUCACUCACCUCGUAGAGCCUUGGUUUCCUCUUCCAUAAAAUGAAGUGAGUGAAGACAGAAUGUAAGCCAGCAAGCCAUGCAAACUAGGAAGCACUGUGCCAACAUGACUACCCUUUUCAUGGUCACCAGUAAGGUAAAACCUUCCAGCACCUUCCUUUUGAAAUCUAAUGGCAUUUGAGAAGGGGGCAGUGGAAUUUUCCUGCCAGCUUCAUGAAGAGCCACAAAACACAGUCCUCCGGAUAUAUCACCUGUUGAUGCUUGCAAUUCCAUCAUUCCCAUUUCAGCCCAUCUGAUUAAGUGUCACCCCCUCCUCUGUUCCUCCAUAAAAAGGUAAACAGACCGCAGAGGGAGGCACCUGUGAAGCCACAUUCCCUGGGUGUGUAGGGAGGUUGAGUCAUGCUGCCUUGUCUGAAGGAAUGGCCUUGAGAGCACACAGUGGAGCGAAGAAUUAAGAAAGGGCACUGGGGCUCCUGUUGUGGCUCAGUGCGUUAAGGACCGAGUGUUAUCUCUGUGAGGAUGUGGGUUAGAUCCCUGGUCUUGCUCAGUGGGUUAAGGAUCCAGCAUUGCUGCAAGCUGUGGUGUGGCUCACGGAUGCGGCUCGAACCCUGUGUUAUGGCUGUGGCUGUGGCCGGCAACUGCACCUCCUAUUCGACCCCUAGCCCGGGAACUUCCAUAUGCCACAGGUGCAACUGUAAAAAUAAGAAAAGGGGGAGCGGGGCACAAAAAAAGAAUGCUAGGGAGAAGCCAGUAAUGAACCUGACUUUCCUUCUUGUGCUUAGAACGCCUGGAAAUGAAAGAGCCUCAGCUAGGAGCCCUCUGCCCUUGAGCACAUAGAGAUAUCCCCAUUUUACAACUUAGGAAAAGAAACAAGGCCUUGGGAUGGCUGUGACUGGUCCAGGAUUUAAUAGAUGGCUGAGAGUGGGGCUGGGUCCAGCCCCUAAGGUCAUUUAUUUGCAAGGAUGCUGUGAUGUGCAGGCAGGAUACAAGACUCCUCAUUUCCACCCCAGAGAUACUCCCAGACCGUAAAUGCAGGAGCUCCUGUGUGAAAUGUCACAUCCUCUGCCGUAACUACCAGAUGAAAAGAGAACAUGUGAGUUUUCAAAUCUGUUGCCUGAUAUACAUAACACCAGUCACAUCAUGGGGAUUUUCCUCUGAUUUGACUAAUGUCACCUUUUUCCUUAUUGUAAAUAGGCCUGCCUCUCACCACAUUACCUGAAGGCAGAGCCUUAGCUGUUUUCUUAAAGCACCUAUUUUUCCAUUGGGAAACGGCUGAUGAGUUCACAUUUAGGGAAGCUCACACCCCAGUCAUCCAGCCCCAAAUCUGAGCCUUGACGCAGAACCAAAUGGAAAAACACUCCCCCGCCACCUCCCCCAUCUGGUGCCCUGCAUGUCUCAGGCCCCCUCCACAUGCAUCUAGGCCCGCCCACGGUCAUGGUCACAGCAUUGGCAUUCUCUUCCUGACUCCUGCCUGUGUUAGUUCACUAUAUAUUGCUGUAUUUGCUUACAUGCUGGAAAGUAACUGUUAAAAUGUGAAACUGUAAUUUUUAAAAAGGCUACAACUAAAUUAUAGCCAAUGCCACUCACCAAAUCUUUGCACCUAGUAGAUAGAUCAAUGUAAAAAACAAAUACCAGAAACCUAACUGUACAGUGAGUGUGGGGGAAAUGUAGUAACCUAGUUAGUAGUCCUCAAUAUAACCAAUUGUACGAGGAGAAGUGGUGUUUACCUACUUGUCCAUCACCAUUCCUGAAAGCUGUACUGAUCAGUUCAUUGAUAACGGGCAAUUUUUAUUUUUAUUUUUAUUUUUUGCUUCACAGAAUGAUUUCUUAACCUUCAAUUUACCCUGAGGUCAAGCCUUUUGUCUUUAUGUGUAAUUGGUGUUCAGUCUACUUUAGAAAUGAGCCAGCAAGAUGUUCAUUUAAAACUGACCAAAGACAAUUCGUUCCUGGUCUAGUUUCCUGGGCCUGGGGCCCAGCCUCCAGCCGCCAAGGACCUUUCUUGGAUAAAAUUAAGAACAAGCCACACUCCUUACCCCACUUCCCCUCUCUCCCUUUAGUCCUUUUUCCUCUUAAAGAGCUGCUCUGAGCUGUGGGAUUCUGUGAAAAAAAUUCUUGCCUUUCCUUGUUUUCAGUGCUAACGAUUUCUCACCUUGAAGCGCCUUUUGAACCCCGGACGGAGCGCACGCACAGCUGGAGGGAAUUGUCAGCUUGGGAAUUAGACUGGGGAGUCUCUUCUCUGAGGUCCCCGGGGCCCAGGGACAGGAGAGACACGUAUUCCCAAGGGAGGAAAGGUUCCUGUGAACAGAUCUGAGUGCGAAGAGACGCGGGGAAGUGGAGCUGUUCCCUCUGCUGCCCGCCGAACCAGCAGUUCAGCAUCCGCCUUAUAAACGCUCCAGAGCCGGGUGAUGGUGCCCAGGGGGGCAGCCAGCGCGGGGCAGGGCCUCGCGUGGGGCUGGCUUCUCCGUCGGAGGCCCUCGGAGCGCCUGGUCGGGGUGUUUCUCUCUUGUUCGGGAAGCACGAAGGCAGAGGACUUCCUGGGACCUGGUGGUGACUUAGCGCUGAGCGCGCGCACACGGCCAACAGAAAACCACGCGGACUCAUGUAAUGGUUCUUCCAGUCUCUCUCUUCCUAACUUUUCACACAUUCAGACGGUUCCACACUAGAGCAAACGCCUCAUCCUCCUGAGAAACCCAGAAAGAGAAAAGGCUGGCUCCCAGCUGUGUCGGGGGCCCUGCCGGGCCCUGGGAGGGGGGUCGGGGAGGAAAAGGGCAGGGCAGGGUGAGCCAGGUGCUGUAAGAUGAUUUUCUGCUGUGCAGAGCUAAUGCUGACGUUUCCUGUCAACCGCCCCGGUUCUCUGGGGCCCCGCUCCUCUGAGCAGCGUGUAGAGAAUUCCCCACAAACCCAGUGCUGCCGGGGAGCUGGGAGAAGGGACUUGGCUGUCAGGUCGGAGGCCUCCUGGCCAGCGAUCGGCUGUCCCAUCCUCUGGGACCGGCCGAAUGGCCCGCGCUGCCCCUUGCUGACACCUCCUUUCUGGGUUAACUGCCCCAGGCCAACGACAGCCUUGAACCAGAACAGCCAGAGUGCACUUUGCUUUCCUCAGAUGGAAGGAGUUUCUGGCCAGAGUCUCUGCCCAGGUUCUAGUUCCCGGCAGUGUGACUGUUUACAUGGUUUGGCAUUCGGUUUGGUUCUGAUUGCUUCAGAGUGGCUGGUCUAUUUCAUUUUCUUUGGUUUCCUUCCUCCCCAAACUGUGUCAGGAAAAACAAAUUGAAACCACCCUAGGAAAUUGCUGGUUGCCUGUCCCCAUGUGACGAGAUGUGUUGCCCUUUCCCAGACAUCCUUUCUCUACCUUACACCCCAGCGCCCGUCCUGUAGCGUCUGGCUGGAUCCUCUGUCGCGUGUUCUGAUGGUGCCUGCUGGUUUGACGUGGAGCUAUCCUGUGAAAUAAAACAGCUUAACUUUUCUCAAA